UGUCAAUUGUCAUAACAAAAUUACAACGUCUCAGUUUUCCGCGGGAAGUUUAUUAGUUUAAUAAGUUUUUGAUUGAGAAUUUUUAAUUGAAACAUGGAUGAAUCCCAAAGCUCCGAUUUUUUCUCCGAAACAGAUCUUUCCUACAACAACUCUGUGACUACGGAUUCUAUACCUUAUGAAACGCUUAUAAUGAACACUAAAUUAGCAUUAAAGAGCGAAAGUAGGAAUGAAAUAAAGAAGUCUACCUUUUCCACGUAUUUUACUUCUUUGAUGGAGGAUUGUCAGAGUUGUAUCUCUCAGGCACUGGAUCUUAUCAUCAACAUACUUUCAGACACAGAUAUUCAGAUGAGCUCUGUAGUAGAGUACAUAAAUGAUGCAGUCUCAUUACUUGUAAUGUUAUCAGAUUUCAUCAAAACUGUGAUAGAGUCAGUUUCCAUGACGUGUCAGCGAAUGAAGAUAUUUCCUAAAGCAACAGCUGAUAUUAUACUCAAAAUCUUUAUGCAUUGUAAGGACAGUGAAUAUCUUUAUGGACCUUACCUGAACAAAGUGGAGAAAGAGUUAAAAGACUUAUUCCGAUCUUGUCAUGAGUUACAACUCACCUAUCUAAUGAUAAUGGAGAAACAUUUUGUUUUCGAUAUAACUGAAAAAGAAGAUGUAGACACACUUACAGAUGCAUUGGAUAUAAACUUGAAAAUUGGAGAUAUAGUGCAAACACUUGACGUGAAAACAAUGGCAGAGCAGUGGAAAGCUUUCAUAGCGAUAUGUGAAAAAUAUUCAAAUACAUUGAUAGAAAAAAAUGUGUAUAACAACAGCAUAAACAUUCUCUCUGAAAUGAUUGAGAAUAAUAUCAAAACCGCGUUAGAGAGAGAUCAAGAAGACAAAGUCAUUGUAAGGUCACUCAAAGUGGCCAGUUUUUCUAUAAAGAUAUUACUGAAGAUCAGUUUUAUAUUCAAACACGCCAGUUUCAAUAAUCACGAUGGGAUGUUUAAUUUAAUAGUUUUAAUAUACUCGAAUAAUAAAGCAUUUCUUGAAGUAGAUUCGGAGAAAUCAUCGCAAUUUUUACAACUUAUGAACAGUAAUGUAUCGCAACCUGCAGAUUUGUUGCUUAAACAGCUUUUAACAGAUAUAAAAUUUUGUAACUAUCUACUCGAUUAUGACAUGCGUAAACUUCAAAGCGAAGAUAAAUUAGUCGGUUACAUUCUAAUCAUCAUAGCAAUGAUAAAAUCUACAUUACACAGAGAUGACAAUCUAUGCCUCCCUAAACAUAAAUUAAUAAGGCUGAUAUACAAUGUAUUUCAACACUGUCACUCGUGUAUGAACAUUGGACUAAAAUUUCCAACAGAAGAGAAUACCUAUCUCACUCAAGGAUUGUACGAACACCUUCUGAUACAUUUCGUCGCGUUCGCCACAACGCUCAACUCCGAAGCGUUCACAGUUCUAGAAACAAAUAUGACGGACGCCAUAUUGGGUAGUGACUGCAUGGCUGCAUUGUUCUCAACCAACACGUGGUCGCUUCUCGCCAGAGUUAUGCCUUCCCAUCUUUUGCUCAGUCAAUUGAUAUCACUAUGUAAAAUAUACCAAGAAUUAGAGAAGAUCACAUUAUUCUCACAUUCACCGCAAAAAGUGCAUUUAAGUUAUACAAUCGGGUGUUUGUUUGAAGCUAUGCAAAAUGGCGAUAAACUUAAAAUAUACAAACUAUUUAAUGUGACCGAUGAAAAAUAUUACGACUUGUGGACUUCUUUACAAAUAAGAAAUCUACCGGAAUAUUUGCAAUUUGAUGUGGAAGGUUUUUUGAUUGAGAAACUGAAAACGCAACUCCGGAAAAUCAGUACUACCGAAGAUAGUGGAGAAGUUGAAAAAAUGAUUAAAAUUAUGAAUUUAACAGCCACAUGUUCCAUAAACAAUAAUCUCAUUGAUUGUGUGCUAAAAGGCUGGGAAAAGGCGUGUCUGAAAAAUAAUUUGGACACAAUAAGUGAAUUAAGCAAGGAAACCUUGUGGUAUCUGAAUUACAUCAAUUCUUUGACUUCUUUCACUGUGUCUAUAGAAAAUCAUGAGAACCUACAGAGCAUUUACAUAAUUAAGAUUCUUCACGUGAUUGCUGAAGUUGUGAAGGGUGGAAACACUGAAUUGAAAUUAACUGUAAUAAAUAAUGUAUGUAAUAUUAUACCGCUCGAAAUUAGUGAUGCCAAUAAAUUUACAGUUGAAUCUCUUUUGAUUCAUGCACUAAAAUAUUUGUCAAAAGACACGCAAGACGUCGUAAAAUUUAAGUUAUUUUCUACUCUAAGAGGGUGUAUAGGCAGCCAUAAUUUACAUAGAUUAGUAAAAGUAAUAUCUAAAGACGAUAUGAGGGAUGUUUGGAACACUUUUAUGAAACAUGGAGUUUUGAAACGAAGUAACAAUUGGAAGGAACAACUGCUAACCAUAAAAGAUUAUAAAUAUCGUCACAAAUGUCUAGAAAGUAAUAUGCCGGAUUCCAAGCCUGAAGCUAUGAAAAAGACUUGCAGUGGUAAUUUCGAACUUGCAGACAUAGACUCACUGUUUGAAAACGACAGCGAUCAAGAACUACCAGUACAUAAAAAGCUUAAAUUAAACCCUAAUGAAGCAGAUGCCAUUAUCUCAAGGCUAGAGAAUGAUGUGUCUCUACUAUGUAAAGUGAAGCACAUUUUUACUAGUGAACAAAAAACUAGAAUAGAAUCUCUGUAUGACCAGUUGAGAAAUAUAUGUGAUUAAACCCAAA